CUCUCUCUCUCUCCAUCUCGGCUCCAUCUCUCCGACAGUCUGCUCGCUCACACUGCACAGGACCCCCAGGACCGACCGGAGACUCAGGACCCGCGUGCAUUCACAAAAACACACACAGCUGAGAACAUGGCAUCUGUGAUGGAGAAGCUGAUCAGUCCUCUGGCCUCCAGCGGCCCCGAGCUCCCCCGUAACAAGGUGACCGUGGUGGGGGUGGGCCAGGUGGGCAUGGCCUGUGCCAUCAGCAUCCUGCUCCGGGACCUGUGUGACGAGCUGGCUCUGGUGGAUGUUAUGGAGGACCGUCUCAAAGGGGAGAUGAUGGACCUUCAGCACGGCAGCCUGUUCCUCAAGACCUCCAAGAUCUGCGCAAACAAAGACUAUGCGGUCACAGCUAACUCCCGCCUGGUGGUGGUCACUGCUGGGGUCAGACAGCAGGAGGGGGAGAGCCGCCUCAACCUGGUCCAGAGGAACGUCAACGUCUUCAAGUCCAUCAUCCCCCAGAUCAUGAAGUACAGCCCUAACUGCACCCUCAUAGUGGUCUCCAACCCAGUGGACGUGUUGACCUAUGUGACCUGGAAGCUGAGUGGUUUGCCCAAACACCGUGUCAUCGGCAGUGGCACAAACCUAGACUCUGCGCGGUUCCGCUUCCUGAUGGCCGAGCGCCUGGGCAUCCACGCCAGCUCCUUCAACGGCUGGGUCCUGGGCGAGCACGGGGACACGAGCGUUCCUGUGUGGAGUGGAGCGAACGUGGCUGGGGUUAACCUGCAGAAGCUGAACCCGGACAUCGGCACAGACGGAGACCAUGAACAGUGGAAGGCCACGCACAAGGCUGUGGUAGACAGUGCGUAUGAGGUGAUCAAGCUGAAGGGCUACACGAACUGGGCCAUCGGUCUGAGUGUGGCUGAUCUGACCGAGAGCAUCGUCAAGAACAUGAGCCGCGUGCAUCCCGUCUCCACCAUGGUCAAGAGCAUGUACGGCAUCUCAGAGGAGGUCUUCCUGUCCCUGCCCUGUGUGCUCAACAGCAGUGGGGUCAGCAGUGUGGUCAACAUGACUCUGACCGACGCCGAGGUGGCUCAGCUCAAGAAGAGCGCAGACACUCUGUGGGGCAUCCAGAAGGACCUCAAGGACCUCUGAGCCCCUGUGGCCCUCUCACUUUUCAAUCACCGUUUUCUCUUUAGUCAUAAACACACACACACACACAGUAGGAAGCAGUUUGGUUGUGCUGCUGCUCCCAAACCGGAAACCUCCAGGUACAACAGACAGGUACGACCACAUAUCAACUCACUGCCUCCAGGUACAACAGGUGCUCUUCCUUGUCACCUCACUGCCUUAUGUACAUGAAGCAAACACAUCUGUUACAGUAGAAGUGUCCCUUGUCACCAGCAGCGUCCAGAACACACUGAGCUGGAGGUGAGCGCAGUCUGCCUCUGUAUGUGGAGGGUCCGGCCACUCAGGAGACACACUGACCAAUAAAAACAAUCUGGACAUUA